AGCCUAUCAAACUUUGACCCCGCCCACGACACUGACGAUCAAACAUCCGAUCGCGUCAUCCAAUCUAGAAGGAGUUGGAAGUCCACCAGAAUUCCUCCCGUCGACCAACCGAGGCCGUUUUUACUCGUUUAUAUCCUUUGAUCCGCACUGCAAGAAAAGUAAACAGGUGAACGAAUACUUGUUUUUGAAUCGGAGGAGCUGAUGGCAGCGAAGGGUUCAGGCGAGGAACCGGCGAUUGGGGUGCCCUACCCCUACGCCUCAGCUGGCGGUGCUGGGGUCGCCGACUAUGCCCAAGGUCCGGCUCCCCAGCCUGUGUUCUACGGGACGCAGCACCCGCAUCAAGAUGGGAUGAUCUCGCCGAAUGCGGUUUUUGGAGAUCCAAAGGGCAUUCCGCUCCAGCAGACGAUGUUCAGGGAUACCCCUGCGCCAUUCGAGUGCGUUUACUGUGGAUCAUCCAGUCUCACCACCGUCAGAUCUAAACCAAGCCUAGCUGCUCUUGUUGGUUGCAUGAUGCCAUUUAUGCUGGGAGUAUGCUUUCUUUGCCCUUCUAUGGACUGCCUCUGGCACAAGUAUCACUAUUGCCCAAAUUGUAAAGAGAAGGUUGCCAGCUUUGAAAAAUCUGAUCCUUGCCUUGUGGUAGAUCCAACAAAUUGGACCGAGCCGAGUUAUGCUAUCCCCAGGUUGGUUUGAACUUUCUAAAGCUUUGCGAAUUCACUUAUAAAUGUAUGGUUGCCCUUCUAGGUUUGUAAAUAUUAAAGUCCGUGCUAGCUCCUACUUGCAAAAAAUGUUAUAUAUUGACUAUUGUGAUACCUUUCUGUUUUCGAAUGGUAAUUAGUCCCGACUUCGGGCACUGUUUUCUGUAAACACCUGUUUGGAAACUCUACAAAUUAGUAAACAGCGGCCAAUUGAAUGCUAUAGCAUCUAUGGAUUUGAGGAAUA